AUCAAACUAAGUGGUGCGACAGAGUUGACGGAGCGGUGAAGCAAUUUGAUCGGAGAAUUCGUCCUCGAUCAAUAAUACAAUUUUGUUGGUGACGAGAGUUGAUUCGUGAUUUUACAAGCAAUUGGUGUGUUGGUGAGCCGUUCGAUUGCUGCGAGGUGACGGUGAGCUCGGAUCGUGUGAUUGCGACGGUGUACUCCGAUCGAUCAGACGCAACUGUGAAAUCGGAGCGUGACGAUGAGUUCUGAGAAAGUUACGGUUUUCAGUGGCGUUUCAGGUGAUUUGCGACCAUGGAUAGCAUAUAUGGAGUUUGGAUUCUCUCUCUUUAAAAAUUUAGAGCUUGACAAGUUAUCUUGGGCUAAGCUAUUCAUGGAUGGUACAGCCAAAGAGUAUGUUAAAAGGUUAGAGAGGAUAUCUCCUUUUAAGAGCUGGCAUGAGAUGAAAUACGCUUUGUUGUUGGUGUUUGGGGAGAAAGAUGAUCCUGAUAAAGUUAGGUUGCAAAUAGAAUCUGAGCAGAAAAUGAAGCGUUGGAUGGAUGAUUAUGAUCGGAAGAGGAAACCAUGGAGAAAGUCUGAAACGAUCCAAGAUGAUGCGAAAAUGAAGCUUACAAUACAUCAUAACGUCAAUUCUCUGGAUAUGAGUGGUUCUGCAGUAGAAGUGAAUUUGGGAGAGGAUGCAGGCUCAAACGAGAAUUCUGUUGAUGAGAUGGAAGUAGAGCAGGAGACAAACUCAUUACUUAUGGAAGAUUCUGAGGAUAAAAUUGUGACAGAAAAUACAGAAAUUGUGAUUAAGAAGGGUUCACUUUCUGUAUUUGAUCACAUAGCAGAUUUUGGAAGUGAAGUAGGAUCUACUGACCUUGUGGCGUUGAGUGAUUCUUUUACACAGUACGAACCGCAGAAGCCAAAUCCAUCAGGUACAGAAGCAACUGAGGAGAAAAUAGUUGACAAAAUUGUAGAGAUGUCUCAGACUCAGACAGAUAUGGUGCAGCAGAUGACUUUAUCAUCGGUGGAUGGUUUGUCUGUGAGUCCUAGUGGUUGUCUUGUUAAUAGUUGCUCGUCACCAGAAUUGAUGCUGAAGCAAGAUUCAUUUCCUAUUGCUGUUCAAGAAUCAAGUUCUGAGACUGUUCAAGCGGAAGAACCAAAUAAGGAGAUAGUGUUACCACCUGUGGUAGAAGUUACAGUGAGAUUGGAUGACUGUCUCGGCUGGAGUAGUUCUUCUCCAGAAAUUUUACUCAAGAAAGAUUCAUUUGGAGAGAUUGACCACGAGAUUGAGUUGCAAGACUCUGCUGAUAAUUUGGUGCUGAAUGAUUUGUCUGUGGAGAAUGAAUUGCAGGUGUCGAAUUCAUCAUCUAUGGAAGAACUCGAGGAAAAAUCUGGGGUGCAGGAGUCUUCUUUGAGGCAUCCAAGCUGCUUCCUUGACCCUGUUUUGUCUAUGAAGUUUAAAGCAACUGCAGAAAGGCCUCACUGUUGGUCAGAGUUUUUGAAGCCUGCAGUAGAGCAUGCCUAUGAUGCGUAUUAUAUUGCUCAGACUGAAGCAAUGCUGCAGAUGAAUCAGCAGUGGACUGAUGUAUCAAGGCAAGGUCGUGGAAACCAACAGAAGUGCCGCAAAACUUGGAAAUUCAAGUUUAAAAAAAGGAAGUUCUCGCAGAGAGUUCCAGGACAGCGUUUCAAAUUCACAGAAAAGAAGUUUAAGCUCAUGAGCAGAGUAGAUAUUAUGGGGGAAGAGACUAUGAAUACGAGAUGGAUGAAGGUUGCAGGUGUCUGGUUUGGGAUUUGGAGGACGUUGAUUAAUGAGGCAGCUAUACGGAAUGUCAAAUGGAACUGUUGUCUUUAUUUGCUUGUCGUGGCAUUCAACAAUAAGAAUUUGCAGGAAGGGGACAAUGCAGUGUAUAGGAGCAGACUGAGACACACACAUACAUCACGAGUGAUAUGUAAAAUGAGAUUGAUUCAACCGGUCAAGGAACUGAAACAGUUUGCUUUAAAGGAUGGCAAGUUUCAAGUGAAGCAUAAAUGGAGGUUUAAAUCUGCUUCAGUUUGGUCAAAUGGGUCUUCUCAUGAAAGUUUUUCUAUCAUGUUAAUCAGUCCAAGCUUGUGGGCAAGCUUGUCUUUGAGGGAUGGAGUAUAUACGAGAAUAAGAGUGUGUGGGCUGAUAGAGGUUGAGGUGAUUUGGUGCGUUAGCCAACUGUGGGAAAAAGAAGUACGAAUUACACAUUAUCUGUUACAAGUUGUGAAGCAUCUACUGAAUGAUAAAAGAUGCAAGUGGUGGAUAUACAUCAAGAGUCAGUUACAACAAGUUCUCGUACAACAAAGGCAUACGUGGAAGAAGUGUCCCAAGACAUGGAUGUUCAAAUAUAAAGCUAGAAUAAAGCACACGCAAGCUCUGCCAUUACAUGUUUUGCUUAGUCUGUGGAGGUGUUCUUGCUUUGUUUGGCAUCGCUGGAGAAGUAAGGAUGAUUCCACUUGUCCUUCUGAGAUGGUUGGCGUAUAAGAGUGGCAAAAAAAA